ACCACCUCCAGCGUCCACCAUCCCUCAGCGUGCUCUGUCAGCUUGUAGGAGCAAAAAGGCCAUACCCGACAAUAUGGCUGACCCCAACUGGAGAGGUUCGCCACCUCCCUCUGGUACACAGCGACCAGGACGUGCGGCUAUGAACGGAACAGGUGGCCCAUUUCAGGACGGAAGGACCUCGCUCGCAGAAUCCAAGUCUGUCCCAGCCUUCUCCCCUCCAGGACAGCCGACCCAGGCUGCGCUUGGGACACCCAUCCCUCUUUCAUCUUCGAGUGCAAGGCUGGGGGGCCCUCCCUCGACGGCAGGCCUCGGUCCGCCGUCAUCGGGGUCUAGCCCCUUUUCGGCCAGCAGCAGCACCGGAAUGCCCCCCUCUGCCCGAAGGGUGAGCUCACCCCCCCUAGCGGGGCCCUCAAGCUACGGGUCGGGGACUUCAGGAUACGGCGGUGCCCCCAAUGCCAGCGCCGCCAUCGCGGCGUCGGGGAUGCGGCUAGGCGGCCCUCCGACCUCGAGCAACGGGCCGCCUGCGAUAUCGCGGAAGUUCUCUCCGCCGCCGCCGCCGCUGUCGUCUCAGAGCGCAUUCGCGAAGGUGAUGAAAAACGGUAACGGUAACGGUAACGGUAACGGUACUGCCAGGGUAUUUCCGCCGGGUGGGGUUGGCCCAAACGGGCAGCAGCAGCUGAAGGGACAGAAGCUGGCUUACGGCGCUCCUCCGAGUUUCGCGCCGCCAAUGGGCCCGCCUAGCUCCGGUAACGGUGUUGGUCCAGGGCCCAGCGGGGGCCCAGGCGGGUACGGAGGGGCGUCGAUUGCUCGGAUAGCGUCGAUGCCUACAGGGUUGUACGGCGGUGGUGAAAGGGCAGCGCCUCCGAUGAGUGCUCCUGGGCAGAUUCCCCGGCCCAUUGUGGGCGGCGAGCCAGUGAUUUACCAGACCUGCACCCCUCCCAGCGUGAAGACGCCUCCAACGCCAACCUCCAACUACGUUGCUCUCGAUGAGGGAAAUUGCUCGCCGCGGUUCAUGCGGUCGACAAUGGCGCAGCUUCCGAUGACAGCCGACGCCAUGGGGGCGUGUAAGGUGAUUCUUCGAUGGCUUGGCUCUCACAACGCCGCGACACCCCGGUCGGUGCCGCGUCUCAGGCGCUUUUCCCCGUGGAUUUGCAAUUUCUGCAAGCACGAAGGGCCCGUGCCGCACGCCUACCAGUGCCCGCUCGACGGCGCGGGGUUGCGCAGGGAUCGGGAUCAGAGGGCGGAGCUCUGCAGGGGUAGCGUGGACUUCGUGGUACCCAAGGCGGUGUACAGCUUGCGCCCAGAGCAGCAGCCCAUCUUCGUGUUCUGCGUGGACGUAUCCCCGAGGGCGCUCGAGACGGGCUUCUCUGCGGCGUGUCUGGCGGCUAUAGAGGCGUCGCUCCACUCGGUGCCGGGAGGGGAGAGGGCCAGGGUGGGUGUAAUCACCUUCGACAAGUAUCUACAGGUGUACAGGGUCGACGAGGAGGGGAACGUUUCGCAGAUGGCGGUGGCACCGGACACGGAGGAACCGUAUGCCCCGUUGCCGGCUGCCCAAUGGAUCCUGCCGCUCAAUUCCUGCCGGAGUAGUCUCCCGAGACUGUUCCAGGCCAUUCCCGCCCCUUAUCUGAUCCGGGCCCCUCCCGUCCCUUGGCUAGAUCUUGUAUCGAACAACGGUCGACAAACGACCCCGGCUUCUGCCUGCGCGUCCGGGGCGGCGCUGCGCGCGACGGUGGACUGCCUGGACGGUAUAGGAGGGAGAGUCUUUCUCAUGGCGCAGUCCCCGGCGGACGUUGGCGCCGGUGCGGUUAGCCGAGGGCGAGAGGAGGGCGGGCUGUACGGGGGGGACAAGGAGUUUCAGAUGUAUCAGCCGGCCUCGGACGUGGGGAAGGACGUGGCGGCCGUGGCAACGGGGGUGUUUUACAAGGCACUGGCCAAGGACUGCGCCGCGAGNGGGGGGGGGGGGGGGGUGGAAUGGGAUUUGUGGGUGGUCAAAUAUGCAGGGCUAGGGAAGAACUGCCCAGAGAUUUUUGUCAAAANUUUGGGAGUGACGGAGACGAAGGAAAGGGAAAGGGAAGAAAGGAGGACAAAAACGACGAUGGAGGAGGAAAACAUGUUGGAGUGGAAGAGAGCAAAGGGUUUGAGCCAGAUGACCUUCCCCAAAACAAAAAACGUAGGGCUAGGGAAGAACUGCCCAGAGAUUUUUGUCAAAAUGAAAAUGAGGAUCAGAAUGAUGGUAGCGAACACAAGGAGGAUAAUGGUGAAAGUACUCCUAAACGAUUUCGAGUACAAGGUGUGCGUGGAUCUGAUGCUGUGGUGCAACGGAAGGGUCCGAGAGUUCUACGACGCGGGGACCAUCGGGAUGGUAUCUAGAUUAACAGGCGGGCGAGUCACGUGCCUGCGGGGAGGGGAGCCGGGCGGCCGCGACACGGAGUCGCACCUUAGGGAGCAGUUGACGGGGGCUCUGCGCGAUCACGCCCACAGCGCCAGCGAAGCUAUCCUCAAGGUACGGUGUACCACGGGGUUUUCGUGCACCCAGCGCUUGGGGCCCGGCGUAGAGAACAUGCCGGGGGAGCUGGAGGUGGCGAACAUCACUCCGCAUCACACGAUCGUGUGCCGUCUAGAACACGACGGCCGGAAGCUCGAGGAGGGGGAAAUGGUGUACAUACAGUCGGCGUUGCUUUACACGUCCACGAGUGGGCAGCGACGAGUGCGAUGUCACACCUUGGGGCUGCCGGUGACGGGUCUCCUGCCUAACAUAUUCCGGUCCACCGACGUUGAGACGGUGUCCGCCGUCAUGGCGAGGCAAGCGGUGUCGCGGGCGCUCGGCAACAAGAUGGCGGUGGAGGCGAUCCUUAAACAGGUGGAGGAGUCGAUGCUAGCCAUGCUCUUCGCCUACCGCAAGAAGUGCGCCUCUGACUCCCCAGCCGGGCAGCUCAUCCUCCCGGAGGCGCUGAGAGUCCUGCCACUCUUCACGCUGUGCACGCACAAGAUGCUCGCACUUAGACCCAACUCGAAGGGCGGCGCCCCGGACGUUCGCGCAGACGAGCGCGCGGCGCGGCUGCUUGCCAAUCACAGCCUGUCGGUGGAGGGCAUGGUGAAGGUCCUCUACCCCUCCCUCUACUCCGUUCACGACUUGCCGCCGGACAUAGGGGACGCACCACCCCCUAUACCCCCGCCACCGGCAGCGGCCUCGCAGCCCGGAGCAGUCGGGACGGGGGUAGGGUUAGAGGGGGUUAGGGGUGUGGAGGGGAUCUGGGGGAGCCCCCGGUCAGGGGUUGACGUGCCGGUCGCGUUGCCCCCGACCUCGGAGAAGCUGAGCAGCUCUGGGGUGUUUUUGCUGGACAACGGGGAGGAGCUGUUGCUCUACGUGGGUCGCUCGGUCAGCCGGGAGGUGAUGUCCGAGCUGUUCGGGGUGGACGCGGUGCCCGGCACGCCAUGA